AUGAGAAGUGAAGAACCUGAAAGCGGGCAGUUUGCAGUGGUGAAGAAAUGCCGCGAGAAGAGCACGGGUCUGCAGUAUGCCGCCAAGUUCAUCAAGAAAAGGAGGACGAAAUCCAGCCGGCGGGGCGUGAGCCGCGAGGACAUCGAGCGCGAGGUCGGCAUCCUGAAGGAGAUCCAGCACCCCAACGUCAUCACCCUGCACGAGGUGUACGAGAACAAGACGGACGUCAUCCUGAUUCUGGAGCUUGUUGCAGGUGGCGAGCUGUUUGACUUCUUAGCUGAAAAGGAAUCUUUGACUGAAGAGGAAGCAACUGAAUUUCUCAAACAAAUUCUUAAUGGUGUUUACUACCUGCACUCCCUCCAGAUUGCCCACUUUGAUCUUAAGCCUGAAAACAUAAUGCUUUUGGAUAGAAAUGUUCCCAAACCUCGGAUCAAGAUCAUCGACUUUGGGCUGGCCCAUAAAAUUGACUUUGGAAAUGAAUUCAAAAACAUAUUUGGAACACCAGAAUUUGUUGCUCCUGAGAUAGUCAACUAUGAACCUCUUGGUCUCGAGGCAGAUAUGUGGAGUAUUGGAGUAAUCACCUAUAUUCUCCUAAGUGGGGCCUCGCCAUUUCUCGGAGACACUAAGCAAGAGACGUUAGCAAAUGUAUCCGCUGUCAACUACGAAUUUGAAGAAGAAUACUUCAGUAAUACCAGUGCCCUCGCCAAAGAUUUCAUAAGAAGACUGCUCGUCAAGGAUCCAAAGAAGAGAAUGACCAUUCAAGAUAGUUUGCAGCACCCCUGGAUCAAGCCUAAAGAUACCCAACAAGCACUUAGUAGAAAAGCAUCAGCAGUAAACAUGGAGAAAUUCAAGAAGUUUGCAGCCCGGAAAAAAUGGAAACAAUCAGUUCGCUUGAUAUCACUGUGCCAAAGAUUAUCCAGGUCGUUCUUGUCCAGAAGUAACAUGAGUGUUGCCAGAAGCGACGAUACUCUGGAUGAGGAAGACUCCUUUGUGAUGAAAGCCAUCAUCCAUGCCAUCAACGAUGACAAUGUCCCAGGCCUGCAGCACCUCCUGGGCUCAUUGUCCAACUAUGAUGUUAACCAACCCAACAAGCAUGGGACGCCUCCGUUACUUAUUGCUGCUGGCUGUGGGAACAUUCAAAUGCUACAGUUGCUUAUUAAAAGAGGCUCAAGAAUCGAUGUCCAGGAUAAGGGUGGAUCCAAUGCCAUCUACUGGGCCUCUCGGCACGGCCACGUGGACACCUUGAAAUUUCUCCAUGAGAACAAAUGCCCUUUGGAUGUUAAAGACAAGUCUGGAGAGACAGCCCUGCACGUGGCGGCUCGCUACGGCCACGCCGAUGUGGUUCAGUUACUGUGCAGCUUUGGCUCCAAUCCCAAUUUCCAGGACAAGGAAGAAGAAACCCCCCUGCACUGUGCUGCCUGGCACGGCUACUACUCUGUGGCCAAAGCCCUGUGUGAAGCCGGCUGCAACGUGAACAUUAAGAACCGAGAAGGAGAGACGCCCCUCCUGACAGCGUCCGCCAGGGGCUACCACGACAUCGUGGAGUGUCUGGCCGAACACGGAGGCGACCUGAAUGCCUCUGACAAGGAUGGACACAUCGCUCUUCAUCUCGCUGUGAGGCGGUGUCAGAUGGAGGUCAUCCAGACGCUGCUCAGCCAGGGAAGCUUCGUCAAUUUCCAAGACAGGCACGGCAACACCCCCCUGCACGUGGCCUGCAAGGACGGCAACGUGCCCAUUGUGGUGGCCCUCUGCGAGGCCGGCUGCGAUCCGGAUAUCUCCAACAAGUAUGGCCGCACACCCCUGCACCUGGCCGCCAACAACGGGAUUCUCGACGUGGUCCGCUACCUCUGUCUGACGGGCGCCAACGUGGAGGCGCUGACCUCGGAUGGGAAGACAGCAGAAGAUCUCGCCCGGUCGGAGCAGCACGAGCAUGUAGCAGGUCUCCUUGCAAGACUCCGAAAGGACACGCACAGAAGCCUCUUCAUCCAGCAGCUGCGGCCCACACAGAACCUGCAGCCCAGAAUCAAACUGAAGCUGUUCGGCCACUCGGGCUCGGGGAAAACCACGCUGGUGGAAUCGCUCAAGUGCGGGCUGCUCAGGAGCUUCUUCCGACGGCGCCGGCCCCGGCUCUCCUCUACCAACUCCACCAGGUUCCCGCCCUCGCCCCUGGCUUCCAAGCCAGCAGUCUCCGUGAGCAUCAACAACCUGUACCCGGGCUGCGAGAACGUGAGCGUGAGGAGCCGCAGCAUGAUGUUCGAGCCGGGCCUCACCAAGGGGAUGCUGGAGGUGUUCGUGGCCCCGUCCCACCACCCGCACUGCUCCGCCGAUGACCAGUCCACGAAGGCCAUCGACAUCCAGAACGCCUAUCUGAACGGGGUUGGCGAUUUCAGCGUGUGGGAGUUCUCUGGAAACCCUGUCUACUUCUGCUCAUAUGAUUAUUUUGCUGCAAAUGACCCCACGUCAAUCCAUGUCAUCGUUUUUAGUCUAGAAGAACCCUAUGAGAUCCAGCUGAAUCAAGUGGUUUUCUGGCUCAGUUUCCUGAAGUCUCUUGUGCCGGUUGAGGAGCCCAUAGCCUUCGGCGGCAAGCUGAAGAACCCACUCCGCGUCGUCCUGGUGGCCACGCACGCCGACAUCAUGAACGUUCCUCGUCCGGCUGGAGGCGAGUUUGGAUACGACAAAGACACGGCUUUGUUGAAAGAGAUCAGGAACAGGUUUGGGAAUGAUCUUCACAUUUCAGAUAAGCUGUUUGUUCUGGAUGCUGGGGCUUCUGGGUCGAAGGACAUGAAGGUACUUCGAAAUCACCUGCAAGAAAUACGGAGCCAGAUUGUUGCCGUCUGCCCUCCGAUGACUCACCUGUGUGAGAAAAUCAUCUCCACGCUGCCGUCCUGGAGGAAGCUCAAUGGGCCCAACCAGCUGAUGUCACUGCAGCAGUUUGUGUACGACGUGCAGGACCAGCUGAACCCGCUGGCCAGCGAGGAGGACCUCCGGGGCAUCGCCCAGCAGCUCCACAGUGCCGGCGAGAUCAACAUCAUGCAGAGUGAAACGGUCCAGGACGUGCUGCUCCUGGACCCCCGCUGGCUCUGCACCAACGUCCUGGGCAAGCUGCUCUCCGUGGAGACCCCGCGGGCCCUGCACCACUACCGCGGCCGUUACACCAUGGAGGACAUCCAGCGCCUGGUGCCCGACAGUGACGUGGAGGAGCUGCUGCAGAUCCUCGAUGCCAUGGACAUCUGUGCCCGGGACCUGA